AUGUCGCACGCCAGCGCCGUGCACGCCAAGCCGCCCGGCCAGUGGGCCGUGCCCAUCGACGCGCGCCCGCCGCGCUCGGCGGCGCUGCAGACGGCCCUCUUCGCCCUCUACUUCAACGCAUGCAUCCUCGUCACCCACGCCACGCAGUACCUCUUCGUGCCGCUCGCCGUGCUGCCGGCCACGCGGCCCUACUUCCACGCCGGCAUCCGCUACACCAAGCAUGCCUUUGGCCGCCUCAUCGUCGCCAUCACGCAGUUCUUUGCGCCGACGAAGCUGGUGCUCACGUGCGAGGGCGCGCGUGCCGCCGCCGUCGUGCGCACCGACAAGAAGGGCCGCUUUGCCGGGCUGGACCUGCCGCGCCGCGGCGUGUGGAUGAGCAACCAUCAGGUGUACACCGACUGGCUGUAUCUCUGGAACAUCGCCUACUUUGCCGACCUGGCCGACAGCAUCACCAUCAUCCUCAAGGCGUCGCUCAAGUGGAUCCCGUUCAUCGGCUGGGGCAUGCAGUUCUUCGGCUUCUACUUCAUCGACCGCAGCAACUCGGACGAGGCGUCGCUGGGCAAGUUCCUGCGCGGUCUGGGACGCGCGCAGAACGGCAAGCUGCUGCUCCUCAUCUUUCCCGAGGGCACGCUCGUGUCCAAGCUCACGCGGCCGAAGAGUGCAGCGUUUGCGGAGAAGGAGGGCAUCGAGGACCUGAAGAAUCUGCUGCUGCCGCGCAGCACGGGCCUGUGGACGUGCCUGCGCGGCCUGCGCGAUGUCGAGGAUCUCGAGCUCGUGGACUUCACCAUGGGCUACCCCGGCAUCCCGCCGGCCGGCUACGGGCAGUCGUACUACACCCUCACGUCGAUCUUCAUGCAGGGCGUGCCGCCGCCGGCGGUGCACAUGCAUGUGCGCAUCACGCCGGCGCGCGAGCUGCCGCUCGACGACCGCGCCAAGUUCGACGCCUGGGUGCUGCAGACGUGGCGCGACAAGGACGCGCUGCUCGACGGCUUCUACGAGACGGGCGUCUUUCCCGUCUCGGAGAAGGGCUCCGUGGCGCGCGCAGAGGUGCCCAUCAAGCUGCGCGGCAUCCGCGAGCUCGGCGACAUUUGCUGCUGGGCCGCACCCAUCUGGCUCGGCUGGGCGCUCUACCGCCUGCUGCGAUGA